CUAUUGACCUUAAAACUCAGGCUAGUAAAUCAGAACUUGUUGCUUAAUCUCUCUCCCCUACUUUCCCCUCUCUAAAUAUAUUCAGUUCUUUGUUUGCUUACUCUUUGUUUCAAACAAAUUCCACAUCCACAGAGAAUCAAGAAGAAAAAAAAUGCUAGAAGACUGUAAGGAGAAGAAUAUGAAUAAUGAGAAAAAAAUGGAAAAACAAAUUAGCCAAGAUCAACAGCAAGAACAACAAGAAGCCCUCAAAUGCCCUCGUUGUGAUUCAUCAAAUACCAAAUUUUGUUACUACAACAAUUAUAGUUUGUCUCAGCCAAGACACUUUUGCAAAUCUUGUAAAAGGUAUUGGACAAGAGGUGGAACCCUAAGGAAUGUCCCUUUGGGCGGUGCCUCUAGGAAAAACAAAAGAACCAAGAAACCAAAUAUUAUUACUACAUAUUCACCAAUUCCUACUAGUACAAAUGUUGGUCAACAGUUUCAUGAACCCCACGUUGUUGAUCAUAUUAAUCCAUUGUUUAAUUAUGGAUUAUCCACAAGCCCUUUUGAUCUCAACAUUCAAUUUCCAAGAUUCUCCAAUAUUUCUAGGGUUUCCAAUGAAGAUCUUGGAUUAGGGUUUUCUAAUGGAUUCAAGAAGAUCCAAGAUGUUGUGACUAGUAAUUGCACUAGUACUACCUCACAUCUUUCAAGCUACCCUAUCUUUGGAUCUUCAUUAAUAUCUAGUUCAAAUACAAAUUUGGCCUCCCUUAUAGCUCCUAACCUUCAUCAACAAAUUUUCAUUACCAACAAUGAGAAGUUUCAAGAUUCUAAUCAUAAGAUAAAUCAGAUUGAAGAGAUGAACUAUGUUGAUCCUUCUCUCUCUUGGGCUGGUGAUUAUGUUGAUCCUUCAAAUAUAAGGUCUUCACUCCCAUCUCUGAUCUAGGUCAAACACAAUCUUUUAACAAUCUCCCUCCUUUUUUAUUACUUAAUAACUUUUGGUCUUUUCUAGGUAAAUAUGUUUUAUUUGGUUUCUUUUUUCCUUUCUUUGGAGCUUUGAAGCAAUGAAAAAGUUCUCUCUAUGCGACUGAUAAGUCAAGAGUUCGAGCCAUGGACCUUAUGUCUCAAAUAAGCCUCCCAGAUUACAUCCCUUGGGUGUGGCUGAACCUUUUGUGAAAUCGAAAUACUUCAUGCUCAGGACUUCUUUCUUCACUUCUUUCAAAUGUCAAGGCUGAUGGAGAAGAUUUACCCAAACUAAGAAGAGAAACAACAUCAUUUAACAUGGAUGAGUGGUGUUUUGAUUAGCUUUGGACAACUUAGACUAUUCUAUCGAAUAUAUGUUGCUUCCCACUAGUACGGGUACCAGUAAAUUCUAUCAAUCAAAACUUCUUCGACGGUGAGAAGAUAUCAUAUAACGUGGAAUUUGAAUCGUCAUCUCCGAUUAUGCUGGAAUCGGAGUGUUCAUGUUAGCAGCUAGCAAAAGAAAUUCAACCUCUACUAUUUCUAUUGACGAAAUAUUGAAGACUACUCUCAUUUGGAGCUGAUCAUUCGAGGAGGAGCCGGGUACAUUUUCUAGUUUCAGUGAGUUAGUUUUACUCUUUUAUUAUAUGUCUAUAGAAUCAUAUAUUCCUUACACUGAUGAGGUUUUUUUAUGUUAAUUUUCUCUUUAGGAUGUGUAUAGGUCUGGGUGUUGGGAGUUACAAUGUUGGAGUCCUCAUAUAAGAGGAAUUGCCUUUUUUUUUUUGGAAUGCUUUUUCUUUUAAUGUAAUUUUCUAGUAUAGGGGAAAAGGGUUGGGUAUAAAAUUGGUAUACAACAGAGGGAGACUUGUUUUGUAAUUUGACCAUCAAGUUAAUUAUUAAGUUACAUUGGCCCAUGCUUA